GUUCCGCGUUCUUUUGGACUCGUCGUUCUAGCUCUGCCAUUAAAGCCUUUUUUGCCAAGUCAAUUGACUGAAAUACACCAUAUUAUUGUUCAAAAAUAUUGCCAUUAGAUUGAGUCAAAAUGUGGAUCACGGACGCCUGCAAGGCAUUUGUCUUGUCCUUUGUGGCGGUAUUCCACUACCCGUCCGUCUCAGACGAUGGCCUUCACCAAGAUGUCAUGACCUUUACCCACGAGCACUCCGCACCAAAACUGGACUACCCAUAUUUUGACUCGCCCAGUGGUCCUGAUCAGGACGGCAAGGUCUUUACAUGCAACUACACUGAUCUCAAGGGCUGGAAGCCUUGCACGACUGCAGACGAUCGCUCGUGCUGGUUAAAGGGUCCUUACGGGCAAAACUUCACUAUCAAUACAGAUUAUGAGAAUUUCUGGCCUAUCGGAAUAACAAGAGAGUAUCACCUCAAUGUCACUGAUCAAGCCAUCAACGGCGAUGGUGUCGAUAAUCCAUUCGGCAAGGUUUUCAACGGCAAGUAUCCCGGUCCUUGGAUCCAAGCCUGCUGGGGUGAUCUCAUCAAGGUUACUGUGCACAACCACCUCAAGUACAACGGCACAACCAUUCACUGGCACGGUCUACGACAACUCGAGACCUUUGAGAUGGACGGUGUCAACGGUGUUACUCAAUGCCCCAUUGCACCUGGAGACAGCUAUACUUAUACCUUCCGAGCCGUUCAAUACGGUACAUCGUGGUAUCAUAGCCAUUAUUCUCUGCAGUAUGCUGAUGGCUUGGCGGGUCCCAUUACUAUCUACGGACCAUCGUCUGCUCCCUUUGAUGAGGGAAGGAACCCAAUUCUUAUCACGGAUUGGAGUCACCGAAGUGCGUUCCAGUCAUGGCAGCGGGAGCUGGUGCCGAAUCCUACGAGACCCAUGAUGAAUGGUGUUUUGAUCAAUGGCGUGGGUAACUUUGCUGGUAGUUUCCCUCGUGAGCGAUUCAACAUGACAGUUACCAAGGGCAAAAAGUAUGUUCUUCGUGUGAUCAACACGUCCGUCGACACAACAUGGAUCUUCAGUAUAGACAAUCACAACUUCACGGUCAUGUCGACUGAUUUUGUGCCAAUCCAUCCUUACUCAGUCUCUCAUAUAGUCCUCGGAAUCGGCCAGAGAUAUCACAUCGUCCUUGAUGCAAACCCCACCAACACCACAAAGAUGCCUGCAAACCCAGACGGAAACUACUGGAUCCGAACCGUCGGAGCAACUCGCUGCAAGGGCUUCGAACCAGGCAACGAACCCGAUGAGCGUCAAGGCAUUCUUCGGUAUAAUGCAUCAAGCAAACUAGUUCCGACAACGUUCCGAGAAGACUACUCUUUGGAAUGUCGAGAUGAAGCUUAUGAACGACUCAGCCCAGUUUAUGAGUGGAAUAUUGACCCCGUCAAGAUCAACUACACCAACAGUCAGUUCGAUAUUGGUCUGGCCAAGUACGCCCAUAGACCUGAGCUGAUGGAUAACUUCACAUGGUGGGCCUUUGGCGAAAACCCUCUGUGGUUGAACUUCUCCAACCCUACCAUUCUGAACCUCAAGAACACUACGUGGGAUCCUGACUACGCUGUGGACCUGGUGGUCCCUGAUUCGAAGAAGGAUAAAUGGGUCUACAUCGCCAUCACAGCGCCUCCAGCUCCGAUGAAGACCAAACCCAACAGAGCUUUCGCCCCAGUUGCUCAUCCCCUUCAUCUUCACGGUCAUGACUUUGCCCUUCUAGCGCAAGGUACCAACUUCUCAGACCUGGACACAGGAAAAGUGAACCUCAAGUUCAACAACCCUCCGCGUCGAGACGUUGCACUGCUUCCAGCGGGAGGAUAUCUCGUCGUCGCCUUCAAGGCCGAUAACCCUGGCUCUUGGCUGUUCCACUGCCAUAUUGCCUGGCAUGCUUCUAGUGGUCUGGCGAUUCAGAUCCUGGAGCAACAGAAGCUACUGAACAGGAUCUUGGACCAGUAUCCUGAGAAGAUGAAGGAGGUGAACAGGGUUUGUGAUAACUGGAAUAAGUGGUUCAAGAAUGAUACGAACCUUUGGAAUGCCCAUAUCUUCCAGGAUGACUCGGGUAUCUGAUUGGCACGAUAUGAGACAGACUGGAGGCUGAGGGUCACAAGAUUGAGACUGGAUAGUAUGUGAAGACAUAAAGAGAUUACAUUAUCAAUGAAUGAUACUGUCAAAUGACUGCUAACUACA